AUGGAGAUUAGCAAGACGAGGAUUAGCCACGCGAUUCUAGUGGUCACCUUUGAAGAAGAUCCUGAAUCGCCUGCGUCGUUGUUGUUAUCGUCGUCGUUUAAUCUUCCGGUAAAGAACUCCGGCGAGAGAUUCGUUGUAAUCGGCGAGGAAGACGAUGAAAUUCAUCACAUAUCUCGUGAGCGGAUGAACUCCGCCUCCAGGAAUCGGAGAUUUCGAGGAUUCCUUCGUGAUGGAAGCUUCGAAUUCGGCGACCAUCGAAUUGAUCGAUUCGCCGAGGUUGGUGAGCGAAUCGGCGGCUUCGGAAGUCGAAUCGUAGCUGAAGAUCUCUUCGAUUUGGGGAAGAAGACGAGAGAUCGUCUGGUAAACGUCGAGAGUCGAGAAGAUCUUCUCGACGGUUUUUCGGCAUUUCGCGACACUCACGGGGAAGACGAAGAGAGUCAAAGCACUGUCAAGCGUGAUCUCGGAGAAGCAAGACUCGGCGACGGAGACGGAAAUCUUAACGCACUCGUUCUCGUAGCCAGAAGAUAUCAUACAAUCAGCGAUCAAUUUCAAAUCAGUCAUGACAUCUGCAUCUUCAGAUUUCGGAGCGUUGGAGUAAACCGAGACUUUCUUCCUCGCGUUAAACGAUUCCGAAGAUCGAACAGAGAUGGAUUCAGGAUCGAGAUUUCGUCGAUUCGAUUUCAGAACUCGAUAGAACUCCUUCUCCAAGUGUUUCAUCGCGAUGGUGACAAGGCUAUGCGCUCGAGCGAGCUUAUGUGACUCGGGAUUCACCAACAUUACUCCUUGAAUCGCGUAUUGCAAGCUAUUAAUGACUUCGAUGAAUCUUCUUCCUUCGACUCGAUUUUGGGUGGAGAAGAUGGAGGAGAGGGAGCAUGAAGAAGAAGCAGAGAGAUCUGGAGAAAUCCAUUUUCUUGUGAAAGUUUCGGUUGCUUCAAUACUAUCGAUCAAUAGAGACUCGGAGAAGCUUUGGUAUGGACGAGGUUUCGACCUUUUCCCUAGGGUCGCUGACGGUUUAAAUAAUAGCAUCAUUUUGAUUUGUAAAUUUGAUAGACUUUGAAGAAUUGAUGUUUGAAGAUUUGUUUUGUAAAUUUGAUAGAAUGUGAAGAAAUGAUGUUUGAAGUUCAAUUUUUUUUUUUUUUUUUUUUGGUUUUGGAGGUUCUAAGGAAGUAAUGUUUUUUCAUUGACUAUUUUAUGUUUGAGGUCUUUU